AUGAAUUCAUGUAAAAUUGAAGAUGUUGCAAACGAUAAAAAUUCGGCGAUAUCGGGGGAAAAAAAAGAAUUCGAAAUCGUAGGAAAAGAUGCAAGAAAAAAGAGAGAAUUCCCAGGAUCUGCAAAUGUUACGAUAAUUUUUAAUCGUCUGUUUGAAACAAUCAUUGCAUCUACGCCGGCUAAUAUUCCACAGUCUAUCCGAGAUCAGGAAAAUUUGUCAGCAAGUGAGAAUCAUGGAAAAUGCAACAUAGUACCACUGAUGGAACAUUCUUUGCUUUCUCUCGAGAAGAAAUGGGGUAAAUUUCACAUUACUUUUGUGUAG